AUGGCUGGUGUUAGCAAAGCUUGUUGCUCUAUCCCCCCCGUUAUCUCAAAGGGUUAUGAAGCCAAGGGUGAAUACAAGACCCUUGGUGGACUGAAGACCUAUGUCACUGGUCCCGCCGACGCUACUCGUGCCAUUUUCGUCAUCUACGAUAUCUUCGGCUUCUAUCCCCAAACCCUCCAAGGCGCUGACAUUCUUGCCAACGCCGACAAGGACAAGAAAUACCGCGUUUACAUCCCUGAUUUCUUCGAAGGCGAACCCGCCGACAUCUCGUGGUACCCACCUACCACCGAUGAACACAAACAAAAACUCGGCAAAUUCUUCGAAACUGCCGCCGCUCCUCCACGCGUUCUCGCAAAGAUCCCCGGCGUUUUCGCAGAUGCCAAUAAGGAAGCCAGCAGCGGCAGCGGAUUCGCCUCUUGGGGCAUCUUAGGAUACUGCUGGGGCGGCAAAGUUGCCAAUCUCGCCUUGGGCAAGGACACCGUUUUCAAGGCUGGUGCGCAGGCUCACCCAGCUAUGUUGGAUCCGGAAGAUGCAAAGAACGUCACUGUGCCGAUUGCGGUGUUGGCGUCAAAGGAUGAGGAUCCUGCUGCUGUCAAGGGUUAUGAGGCUAACUUGAAGGUUGCCAAGUUUGUUGACACUUAUCCCACGCAGAUCCAUGGAUGGCUGGCAGCCCGAGCUAAUUUGGAGGAUCCAGAGGUCAAGAAGGAAUAUGAACGCGGAUAUAAUGCUCUGUUGGACUUUUUCCACAAGCAUCUGUGA